AUGGAAAGAUCAAUCCACAAAUCGCAGUCACAUAUUCAUGGUGGUUUUCUAAUUCCCGGAUAUCCUCUUGUGGGCAACACCUUCCAGGUGUUGAACAAUCCGAGCAAAACAUUUAUGGACUGGUGCACGAAAUAUAAACACAACACUUUUGUCAUACACCUAGGUUCCAUCCCAGUAGUUAUUGUCAACAGCCGCAAAGACAUAGAAUACAUAUGGAGCCAUCAUCCAACAUCUCUUAAUUCCAGGCCGGCUCUGCACACCUUCCAUCAUCUUAUAUCAGCCACACAGGGCCCCACUAUUGGCACCACUCCAGCAGGGGCUUCGUUCAGAAGAAAGAGAAAAUUCUUAUCCCUGUGCCUCUCUGCACAAAGUCUUUCUACUGAAAAUUAUGUUUCUGCGAUUGAGAAAUGUUCGGAAUACGUGAUCGGGAAUUUGUUGACUUUAAGUGAGUCUGCGCAUGUUCCAUUCCCAGAUGUAUCUUUAUUGCGUGAUUUUCAGUGCUACGUCUUACGUUGCGCCAUCAUGUUAACAUAUGGUAUUUGCUUAGAUACUCAAGGUAAGGACAAUUUUUUGGCAGACAAAAUUAUCCAGACAGAGAACCAUAUAAUUAACUUCAGGUCCUAUAUAUCAAACUAUCAGGAUUAUCUCCCAAUCUUGAGACUGUGUCCUUUCAGUAAUUUUUUCCAAAGCGAAGCAAGAAUUUGGAAAUCAGAAAGAGAUGAGUACAUCAAUUACUUUCAGAGCGAGUUUGAAAAAGGAUUGCAAAACAACAAUCUGUCUCAGUCAGAUUCCAUUCUCGCUAAAAUAUUGAGUCAGAGGUCUAAUGCAAAAACUUUAACCCAUCAAGAGGCUCGCAGCAUAUGUUUGACGAUGAUCAGUGCCGGUCUUGAUAAUUUAGGAUACACUAUGAACUAUAUCAUCGGCCAAUUUUCAAGCUCAAGGCGGGGAUACCGAAUGCAAGAAAAGCUAUUUCACGAGCUUCUUGCCAAAAGUGACAAUAACAUUAUACAAGCUUGGAAUGACUCGGUCCUUAAAAUUGACUGUGAUCUAGCACUUGCAAUCAUACAAGAAGCCUUGCGGAACUUUUCCGUCCUACCUUUGGGAUUACCUAGACUCAAGACAAAACCGCUUCGGCUAGGAAAUCUCACCAUACCAAAAGACACCGUACUCUUUAUGAAUGUCUUCUCUGCCAAUCAUGAUCCGCAAUACUUCUCUUCUCCUAAUUACUUCAAUCCACAAAGAUGGCUAGAUGAAGAAGGAAAACUCAAGGGCAGAGACUCAGUGACGCACUACACUUUCGGUCUUGGUUCAAGGAAAUGCGCCGGUGAUCAGCUUUCACUAAGGGAAAUGUACUCACUAUUGUGCAGAAUUGUACUUACAUUUCAUAUUGGAAAGCCAAGGAACAAAAAGUGGAAUAUGGAGCCCGAUGCAUUUCGGUCCAACUUAAACCCAGCAGCAACAUCGAUCGAACCAAAGGAAUUUCGUAUUUCGUUAAGAACUCGGCAAAGUGAAGGGCUUGACGAGCUUCAUCUCUUUUGUGGAUGCAAGGAAAAACCCCAGAAUAAAUCCCACUGA